AGGAGAAGGGAACGGAUUGCUAACCCGAGCUAACCGGAUCCCUCCCGAUUAUAGAAAACACGGCGGUGCGUGGUCAUGCACACACGGUAGGAUUCAAUCCGAGAGAAAAAAGCACGCUUUGGAAUACAAAAAAAGGGACGAGGGGACUACUUUUUUGGCGGAAUAACAAAGCCGGUGUGGAUUUUGCAAAAAAAAAUCUGAGCCAGCUGGCCUAGCCGGACUCUGGGAGCUCGUCUCCCAAAAACAACAAGAAUGGGGUCUAGGUCCACUCCGAUUAGCUAGUAAAGAGUGACCUUUGAUUGCAGAAUGGCAAAUUUCACCGAUUACCAGGAAGGUAAAGCAGUGAUGUUGAUGGUGGAGACGCACGGUACAAAUGGAGACGGAUCGGUCGGGGAACCCCCUUCCCAGUUAAUUAAUAUCAGUGGUGGUGGUUCUCGCUUGCAUCAACAUUUACAGCCCUCCAACCACCACCACCAUCAGUACCAGCUGGCUCCACAGCAGCAGCAUCUUUCCGGGGAAAACAUUGCAGAGUCUCCCGGCUGCAGGAAAGCCUCUUCUUCCACCGCGGAGGAAUCUGCCGCUUCUCCCGCCGCUAGCGGCAGCCAUGUCUACGCGGCUGUGAGCGUCACCAACACCUCCGAUGUUGUGGAUGAUAUUCGCAAAUGUGGCUAUUUAAGGAAGCAGAAACAUGGACAUAAGAGGUUUUUUGUGCUAAGGGCUGCCAGUCACCUCGGUCCGAGCCGCUUGGAGUAUUAUGACAGCGAGAAGAAAUUCAGGAACAGCCUGCGCUCUGCUGCCGCUGCUGCUGCCGCGUCUGCGGCAAGUGGUGGAGCUGUGGCCGCUUCUCCCCCGAAAAGGGUUAUUUACCUCUACCAGUGCUUUACGGUGAACAAAAGGGCGGAUUCCAAAAACAAACACCUCAUUGCGCUUUACACUAAGGACGAGUAUUUUGCCAUUGUGGCGGAAAACGAGCUGGAGCAGGAGGACUGGUACGUGGCCGUCAGUGAGUUGAUGAGUGAGGGCAAAAAAGGGCAUGUGGAUUCAGAUGAUUUAGAUGAUGGAUAUGGUACUGUCACCCCUGGUACUGUGUUUAAAGAGGUGUGGCAGGUGAAUGUGAAACCUAAAGGACUGGGUCAAACUAAAAACCUCACAGGUGUUUACCGGCUAUGCCUCUCAACGAAAACGGUUCACCUGGUAAAGUUGAACUCUGAAACCCCCUGUGUUAACCUCCAGUUGAUGAAUAUCAGACGCUGUGGACAUUCAGAAAGUUUCUUUUUCAUUGAGGUGGGCCGCUCCUCCUCUAUCGGGCCGGGGGAGAUAUGGAUGCAGGUAGAUGAUUCUGUCGUGGCCCAAAACAUGCAUGAAACCAUCUUGGAGACGAUGAAAGCCCUGAAAGCUUUUGCAGAGUUUCGGCCCAGGAGUAAGAGCCAAUCAUCAGGCUCCAACCCCAUGCCCUUCAUCACGACGCGGCGCCACCUGGGAAACCUGCCACCGAGCCAGACUGGACUCCAGCGGCGGUCGAGGACGGAGUCAGUCGUUGGCACGCCACCAUCGAGUAAGAGCUCCGGGGCUAGUGGUUAUCGCUUCAGAACAUCCAGUGAAGGCGAGGGGACGAUGAACCGGCCGUUUCGCUCCGCCACAGGAAGUCUGGUUCACCUCAACUCUGCACGUGCCCAUCAUGUUCGUCAGGAAGGCGGCUGCAGCAGCGGUGUCGCUACAGGAAAUGCUGGUACGAGCACAGGAAGCGGACGCUACGUCAGAGCCAUCCAGGGGUCGUCGUCCGCCUACCACGCCCGCUCCGCCUCGCUGCCAGUCUCUCACUUCCCCUCCACCACCAGCCCGGUGAGCGUGUCCUCCAGCAGCGGCCACGGCUCCGUCUCCGACACCCUUACCCGCCCAUCGAGCGCCUCCAUAUGCGGCUCGCCAUCCGACGGAGGCUUCAACUCGUCGGACGAGUACGGCUCCAGUCCCGGCGACUUCCGGUACUUCCGGGUGCGGAGUAACACGCCAGACUCCCUCGGGAACACGCCGCCAAUCAGAGAAGAGAACUGCUUAAACGACUACAUGGCGAUGGGCUGGAACCGGGAAGUGUUCGGCACCAGCUCCGGAAACAACAGUGGAGGCGACACGCCGCGAGACGAGAACACGUCGACGACGGAGGACGACCGCUUUUCUUCGUCGUCGCUGAGGAGGAGAACGCACUCGUUCUCCAGACAGGCUGCUGGUGGUGGUGCGACUGGUGGUUCUGGAGUAGCAGUUUACCAGAAAAUGACCCAGACCAAUUUCUCAUUGGAGGAAGGGUCGGAUAUCGUGUUACCGUUUGGCAGUGGGUUGCUUCGUGGCGGGCCUUCCUCCUCUUCUUCAUCGCUACGAUCCGACUACAGCUCCUGCUCCGAGCACAGCCAGCAGAGCCGACCCUCCACGCUCUCCCGGACCGAAACCAGCGGCGAUCGCCCUCCCCCGUCCUCCUCUUCCUCUGCUAAAGAAGACAGCGGCUACAUGCCUAUGAUGUGUGGCGUGGCUUCAUCGUCGCAGGACACCCCCCCCGACUACAUGCCUAUGCAACCCGGCUCUUACUCCCACCCCGUCUCCCAUUCCCCGCAGUUUCACAGUCCAGCUUUAGGCCACCGUUCAGCCCACCAGCUCCAGCCGCAAUCCUCCACGGACUCCCACGGCUACAUGAUGAUGCUCCCGGGGGGCGGCGGCUCUCCUUCCCCAGGACAGCCGGCCUCCCCCAGCCCUCACAGUAGCUCCAGCAUCGCCGAUGCGAGUGGGAGUGAGAGCAUAGCAGAGAGACCAGAGAACGGGGAGUAUAUGGACAUGUCGUACUGCGGCGGGGGGUCUCGAAAGCUCCCGAAUGAAGGGAACGGUGGGUAUUACACACCUGGUACACCUGAGGGCACCCCAAAGUCUUACAGCCCUUACUUCUCCCUCCCUCGCUCCUACAAAGCCCCCACCAGAGAGAAAGAUGAGAAAGAAUACGGGGAGUAUGUCCCCAUGAGUUCUCCCGCCAAGCCAGUUUUUUCAUCCAUUGCCACAGCUUCCAUGUCGACACCUGAGAAACGGGGUGGGGGAGGUAGUAGCAAUUCAACCCCCUCUCACCCGCCCCCGCCUUACGGUGCCCAUCACACGACCGCAGCGAUGGCCGACCGGCGCGCCGCGAGGCCGAACCGCCUUCCCUUGGGCCGAAGAAGUUUCCACGGUCCACUGCGGGUUAGUGAGCCCCCCACGGCAUCUGCAGGCACCUCCGCCACUGUCAGCACCUCUGAAGGACCUUCGAGUCCUGGGGAGUAUAUAAACAUUGAGUUUGGGGAUCACUACCCCCACCAACAACAGCCCCCCGAUUAUCCCCACACUGUCCAAGACGAAGCACCGUCAAGCGACCGCCGCUCCCCUCACCAGGACUAUAUGUGCGUGGAGGUCGGGGCGGAUCAGCAGGCUGGAUGUCUGGGUAAAAACCAGUCACCCAGACCCAGCCUCGUCGCGCCCUGGAACCCCCCCAGCUACAUCCGACCCCUGGCUAGCAACCCCGGGGCCUCCCCUGCAGCCGGAGGUCACUGGAGGUCGAUGGGCGAAGACUACACGGACAUGACGUUCAGCCGAGGCGAGCGCACUCAAACCAGCCCGACGGCCAUGCUGCAGCACCUCUGUGUGAUAGAGGGACGCUACGGCCACCCUCCCCCCGCCUCUUCCUCACCCCCUCUCCCCCCUUCAAGCCCAGCAAGGGCGCCGACACAACAGCUGGAGCCCAAGUUAGUUCGAGCCGACCCGCAAGGCCGGCGGAGACACAGCUCGGAGACUUUCUCCUCCACCUCUUCCUCGAAUUCGACUCCCUCCGGAGCAGGACUCGUGCCGUCAGCCAACCCCCCCACACUGGCCAACCCCUCAGCCCCUUACCUAGCGGAGGGUCAGGCUUCCAGAUGGGCCAGCUCGGCUUCUUUCGACAGCAUGUGGGUGUCCAUGGAAGGUCUCGGGGAGUCACCGGUUCACCACGCUCCCGUGAGAUCCAUGGAAAUGGGUGCAGCUCCCGGUGCCUCAUCAUCAUCAUCAUCAUCUUCAUCGUCUGGAGGCAGCAGGAUGUGCAGAAACAUGUCUGUGGGAUACCAGAACGGCCUGAACUACAUCGCCUUGGAGCUGAGGGAGGACGGGAGCAACGCGGGAGGGACGCCGGGAGCAGGUAGCAGCAACGGGGGUCAGGUGCCGACGCCGGAGAACGGAGCCUACGCCAGCAUAGACUUCACCAAAUCAGACGGGGUCACAGCGACGACGAAGGACUGAGCCUUUGGAUAAUGGUUCCCCACCUUCCUCCUCCUCCUCCUCCUUCUCCUCAUCUCUCUGGUCGGGGCUGCUCUCGACCUCUGACCUCUUCACCCAGAUGGGAGAAGCCUCUCUGGAUGCAGAAAAACAACAACAACAACAUCAACAACAGAAGACUAAAAAACGCUUGCAGUUUUUAUAAGUGUAUUUCAUUAUCUUUGUGUUUUUUAUGCAUACUUUGUCCUGUUUCUCUUUUUUUUAAAUAUAAUUUCCCCCCCUCUCAAAAUCAAUGCUGCCAGUGUACGCUGCUUUUUUCAACAGACUUUGGUACGGGGGGGGGGGGGGUUAAAGGAGCCUCAUUAUCAGGCUCUCCAUACGGUAUUAAUAAAGGGACGCUGGAAGGCAUUAAUGGUACUUUUAUGUUGAAUUGAAACUAUAUUUUUUACCCCUCAUGCAUUAUCCUUCCUCACCACGGUAACGUACAGUUAUUACUUAAGUUGGAGAAGAUCACCUUUUUUCUGUUAUUAGUUGAUUACCCAAUUAAAAUGGUACACGCUCAUGGCUGGAUCCAUUCUCCAGUGGCAUUGCACAGGUGCUGUUCCCAUAUACUGGUAAACCUUAAAACCAUUACCCCCCUCACGUUCUGUAGCACAUAUUAUAUAUUUAUUUGUGGCGAUAGGUACAAAUAAUAUCCGGUACAUUUCUUUGUUUGCUUUCACGACAGCGAUGGUACUCGACAAUGCUGGAAAGUUUUUUUUUCAUUACGGAUUUGUUUGAAGGCGUAGUUUUGAGGCUAAUUAGCUUAGCAUAAUGAAUGGAAGCGGGGGGAAACUGCUAGCCUGGCUCUGAAAUUCAAAUUCAAGCUUCCAGCACCUUUUCUAAAGCGUAUUAUAUUUAUCUUCUUUGUUUAAUCUGUACAUAAAGCCCAGGUUUAAAGUUAAUCAUUCAUGUUUAAUGGGAGGUUAUUAUGGGGUACACUUUCCUGAAGACUUGUUGUCCAUCCCUCUCUAAAAUGCUGAAUUGUCUUCAGUGCCUUUUGACUUUUUAUGCACAUUCAACCAAAAAGAAAUGACAUAAUUAUUGAGAUCUUGAGCAACUUAUAAGUUGAUUUAGUUGACUUUAAUCAGAGCUAGCUGUCUCCGUCCGCUUCAUGUCUUUAUGCUAAGCUAAGCUAGCAUCCAUCUAUUCCUUUAAAAAACAUCAGGAAGAGGCUUGUAGAGGUUUUGGAACCUCGACUGAUCUGAAACUAAGCAGGUGUUUUAGUGGGGGGGGGUUUCUUCAGUUUUACCUCAUACGGUCCGUAGCACAGUUCAGGUUAGCGAGGGACAAACACAUAGACACAAGACACACACAGUAAAAGGUUAAAGCACAAAGUACAGAUGUACACACACAUACAAUCUCUGCAAGUGAAGCAUAUACCUUACAGCUGUUGCAUUUACACACACACACCUGUACGUCAUGAAGACACAUGUGACGGUCAUGUGGCGUCUCCCAUGUCUGCUCUAUUUAGACCCCCUUUUUGGCUCUUUGACAGUGCCUCUUGAUGACGCACACACACACGCUGGGUGACGUAAAGAGGUUUCCAGUAAGCUGAGCUGCAGCCCUAGGUGCAGCGCGCUGGUCAUACUUGCCCUGUUACAAACUCACACACACGCUCGGACAGGCAGUGGACACACACAUCAAUCAGAGUCCUAUCUGAACGCUCACACCACUUUAACUGACACGCACAUAGUUAGCAUUUUCCACUCACGCUGCUCUCCUAUUACCAGACUGACAGCCCACAGAAUUGCAUUUCUGGUCCGGUAUUCACUCCUCUAAUGCCCUGAUUUUUCUUUCUAAUCCUCCCACUCUCUAUUUUUUUUAAUUUUUAAUUCAUUUAGACUGAAAAGGCCCGUCACUCUCGCUGCUCUGCUGUGUGGGACGCAUCUUUGUGGUCCUGCACAGCAUGAAAUCUGAGCGACCGAGCCAAGUGUCUUCAAAUCAUUUCUCUUAUUUGGAGACGGUUGAGGUUCGAGAUAGAAACGUCGGUACAGAAACUCCCCUCAUUGGUCUGAUUUCAAAGCCACAAAAUGCUGUUUCUAAGCCUGUGACGUGUCUUAAAUGUACAUUACGAACAAUUUCAUUUCCUUUGCCCCCUUGUCGAUCGAACAAAGAAUAUAACGGCUGCUGCCCGAGAACAUUUCCCUGUUUUGUGUUUGCAAAGUGUUGCUUUAUGACUUUUAUUUCGUGGCAAAAAAAAAAAAGGUAAAUGCAAGGUUUUUUUUCCAGAGGAUUUUUUUGAUCCUUAAUUUAUUUGAAGCAUUCUUCAAAAGAUGGCUAAAUGUUGUUCAUGUCUGAUUGCAUCAUGUUGACUUUUAACCCCCCAUGACUGAAUUAAUUUACACAGAAUCUGUGUUUAUUUUGGCAACAACUCAACCUCAAAACUGUCCUCGAUUUUUCCCAUUCUGAUGUUGAAAAUCAGCUGUUGUGAAUUUUUCUUGUUGGGGGUGGGGGGUGGAGAAAUGAGAAAGAAGACCUACGUAAUAUAUAUAUAUCUUUAUAAAUAUAUAUAUAAUCCUCGCAGAGAAGACUUAGGGUUACUGCAUCAUUAUGCAAUUUCCUUUCUCCUCUUAAUAUUUUGGUUUCUUUUGUAUUCUAGUUUACAGAGGGGAAUAAUCAUCUUAUUUUUGGUUGGUUUUUUGUCGUAUUGGGGCGACCUUGUUUCUCUGAAAACAAAGCAAGGCUAGUAUUUUUCUUUUCUAAGAGUACAUAGGCAUUUUGCAGUUAUUUGUAUAAAGAAAUGGGUAACAACCUCUGCCUAAUGUUUAUUUUUUUGUAACUAUAUUACAGUUUAUUUGCUGCUGUGUAGUACAGUUAACGGUUGGAAAUGCUGUCGAUGGAGAUGACGUUCAUCGCGGGUCCGUAUUUUUCCCAGAGAAUUCCUCUGUAAAGUUGGAGGAGGAGGAGGAGGAGGAGGAGGAGGAGGAGUGGUGCUGGUGGUGGGGGGGGAUUGGGAAGCAGAUCUCCCCCGCCUCUGCUACCUGUGUUCUUAGUUUCCGAGUUGAAUGCUGUUGUUUAUUAGCUUUACAGGAAAGAGAAAGAGUUAAAAAAAAAUACUGUGGAGGUGUGUAUCCUUCGUAUGUGCAUUAUUUUUCAGCGACGUACGUCCUAUAUACGAAAAAAUGAGAAAAAAGAGUUAAAAAAUGUGGAAAUCCUCCUAGUGUAAAUAAAGGAAAACUCAAGUUGUCGCUUUUUUCAUGUAAUGAUCGGCGCCUCUGCAGGUGCCCCCCCCCCCCCUUAUGUUUUUGUUUUACCUCCUCUCUUUUCUUUCUCGUUUUUCCUCGUGGAGGGAAAGGGGGGCGGGAGGAGGAGGCGAUUUGAGCAUCGGCAUAGUGUUUAUAUUUAUCAAAACUUUUUUGCUUUCGAUAGAGCUAUUGCAAUAAAAACUGUGUUCAUGUAACCGCUGCGGUCUCACUGUCUUCUUUACUGUGUGAGCGUCAUGCAUCUACAUCCACAGCUCAAGUGCAUUUACUCAAGUGCAGAAGUAAAAGGAGUUCAAUUUAUGCACAUUGCAGCAGUAAUAUCAAACCAAAAGCAUCUUAUAUAAUAGUUAAAGUACAUUUCACUGCAUCAUAACCAUUUGUUUGACAUAUUUUAAGCACAUUUUCUUGUUAAUAUCUUACAUUUUUACUUAAUAAUGGUUUAAAAUGCAGGAUUUUAACAUAUUUUCACUGUUUUAUUAGACAUAAGUACUUCUUCCCCCACAUUUUAUACGACUACACACUUGUUUUCUCUUCCAAGCACUUCCAAUCAAAGUCAUUGUUCGUAAAUAAUCCAGUGUACAGAAAUGUAAUUUGUGUGUGUUUACAGCGACUCUCAGGCUCAUGAUUUUUGACACAGCGACUGUUUGAGAUGCUUUGAUUGAAGCAAAAACUUGUAACCUCAGAAAGUAGAAGAGAAAGUACUAUAUAAUACACCAUAAGAAGUUGAAGAGGGAUUCUCAAAAUGUGAAUUUGCUCCUAAAAUAAAUAUACAUAAUUGGAGAUUUGCUCUGACACCAUUAUUAGACAAUCAUUUUUUCGCCCGCCAAAAAAUGAGCUUCUAUUCAUUGACUUUUGUGCCAAAACAUGUAAAGUUUGACUGUGAAAUACUGUGUUCCUUCAAAUAAAAAAGGUUUUAUUCUUUGUA